AUGGCUCAACAACAGGAGGAGGGACAGCAAGCAGUCCAGCAGGCUCAGCUCCUACAACGUGUAGUAUCUGUUCCAGAGAAAUUUGAGGAUGGAGAUGUUGAGAUGUGGGUGGAGCGUUUCGAUCUUACUGCGACGGCAAAUGGUUGGGACGCUGACAUGAAACUACGGUUGUUACCGACUCUUCUGAAGGGAAGGGCGUAUGCUGUUUAUCGACAGAUGACGGCGGAGCAGAAAGGAAACUAUGCGGAGCUUACGACCCAUCUCAAGCGCGUGUUUUCGCCUACUACGAUUGAGAGUCGUCGUCUCGCACGUCGACAAUUUAUGUCUCGCUGUUGGAAGUCGUCUGAGGCACUGGAGGUGUAUGCGCAAGAUUUGGAGACUCUUUUGACGAAGGCGAUGCCAAAUUUGGCAGCAGAGCUGCGUGACCAGCAGUUGAUGGAUCGCUUCGUCGAAGGUUUGAUCGACAACGCACCGUCCGUUGCCGGCGAGUUGGACCUACACCCUGAGGCGAGUUUUCAGGCGGCGGUGAUCAGAGCACGCGAAUUGAUGUUGUUAGAGCGGAGGAAACUCGGAAAGCGGACGGAUGGUCAAGUUCGAGCGAUUGCAGAUCAUGCGAGUAUUGAUGUGAGCUUGGCGGAACGGCUGGAUCGGAUUGAGCAAGCGUUGCAGUCGGUGAGUGUAGUCGGUGCGUCCGUCACUCCAGAUUCCAAGCGUGUAGUUCCCAUGCGGCAGCAGCAACAAAAGGCGGGACGUCGCUGUUUUGCUUGUGGUGGCGAAGGACAUCUCCGCAGCAAUUGUAAACAAGUUACAAUCGGACCAUGUUUUGUUUGCCAUGAGACUGGGCACUUAGCUCGUGAUUGCCCUCAACGGAUGCAGCAAUCAGCAGCAGGACGAAGAUUCACGUUGCCUCAUCAAUCAGAGGGUAGAAGUCAGUCUACAGCAGCAGGUGUUGUGAGAGGGCGUGGUCAACGUAGUCAAGUGAAUGUUGUUGCAGGUGUAACGGAGACGUCAUUGAUGCUCAAUCUUGAGCUAAACCACAACAAUGCUUCUUGCUUAGUAGACACAGGAGCAGUAGUCUCUAUUGUUCCUGACCACAUGGUAGACCAAACAGCAAUGUCAUCUUUUCCUUCAGGUCAAGAACCCAAGUUGACAACAGUAACAGGAGAUCCAUUGGAAGUGAUUGGACAAGUGAGCAUAGAGGUGAAAAUAGGCCACUGGCAUACCAUGCACAAGUUUGUUGUGGUACAAUUUGACACUUGUCCUAUAAUUGGGUCAGAUUUUCUGCUAGACCAUGGAAUGAUCCUGGAUUUGGCUCAAAAACGCUUAGAGUGGAGCGGAGGUGUAGCUGAGCUUUCCACACCACUACGAUGA